AUGGGGCAAACAGUGAAUGAAGAUGAUUUCCAGUGGGACAGAUACUUGAAAGAAACCAGAUCUGUAGGUGCUCCUCCAGAGUAUUUCAAACAGUCCAAGAUUCCACCAGCUAAUGACUUCAAAGUUGGUAUGAAGUUGGAAGCUCAUGACCCUCGCAAUACUACUUCAGUGUGUAUUGCCACAGUUGUUGGGAUUACUGGUGCCAGGUUACGAUUAAGACUGGAUGGCAGUGACAAUAGGAAUGACUUUUGGAGACUUGUUGAUUCCCCAGACAUACAGCCUGUUGGAACAUGUGAAAAGGAAGGAGACUUACUUCAGCCUCCACUAGGAUACCAGAUGAAUGUGUCAUCUUGGCCAAUGUUCCUCUUACGAACACUAAGUGGAUCGGAAAUGGCACCUUCAACGUUCUUUAAGCAAGAUCUCCUUUGCCCAUGGUUAGUUAUUUCUUGUCCACGAGGCACAGAGUCGCCCAGUGCCAUCCGGCUCUGCCCGGCCCAGCGCUGUCUCUAUGGAGUUCAAUUUUUUAUUACAAAAAAUAUAGCAAAAACACAAUCUUCCCCUUCCAAAGUGACCCGACGUUCAAUGCAGUCUCCACAGAAAACUGAAUCAACAUCACCAACACAGCAGGUCAAGAAAUUGGGUCGGACUAAACCACCUGGACAGACUUCAAUCUCCAAAAAGGGCAGUUUUCUUAAAAAUAACACAUCAAAGAAAAAAGGACAAAAGGAAAAAAGUCUUCCUGCUUUGUGUUCUACAUCUGCAACUUGUGUAAAUUUGGUGACCAGUAACCAUAGCAAUCCUCAAUAUGAUAAGGAUGCCAUUCCUGGGACAUCUAAAAUAGUGAUGUCUACAGUCUGUGUCUAUGUAAAUAAACAUGGAAACUCUGGUCCUCACCUGGAUCAGAAGAGAAUCCAACAACUGCCUGACCACUUCGGCCCUGGCCCCGUGAAUGUUGUGCUCCGACGGACUGUGCAGGCCUGUGUGGACUGUGCCCUUCAAACUAAAACCGUUUUUGGAUUCCUUAAGCCAGACCAUCGUGGAGGAGAAGUGAUAACUGCUUCCUUUGAUGGGGAAAAUCAUUCUGUCCAGCUUCCUCCAGUGAACAGCGCAUCAUUUGCUCUUCGCUUUCUAGAGACCUUCUGUCAGAGCUUGCAAUGUGAUAAUCUUUUGAGUAGCCAGCCUUUUAGCUCUUACAGGAAUAAUAUUCAUAGCCCUGUGAAGAAUGAAAAUGAUAAACCAGAAAAAGAUGACUUAUCAGGAAAGAAAAGCACCAAACGAUCUUCUCAGCAACAUCUACCUUAUACUGCUUCUCUCUCUCCUAAGUUUCCCAAAACCAAGGUGCUUGCCUCUAAAGCAGAGUUGUUAGCUCCAGAGGAAAAUGGUAACACCAGAGAAGAAAAUCUUCCUGAAGAAUCCAAUAGCCCUUCAAUACACUCGGCACAUUCUCUGAAUUCUUUCUGUAGAAGUCUUGUAACUAUUCAGACCUCAAAGUCUCGGAAUUUUGUUCAACGUCUGCCAGGUGCCUCAAGUUCAGUACUAGUUGGGAACAAAUUUUUUGCCAAGAGCCGUCACCAUGAAGUAAACAGGAUGCAGAUACAGUGGAAAAAUGAUGCUGUAAGUUAUUCAGUUGGACCUGACCCCAGUACUCUGAAAACAAACUACUUUAAGGACCCUACACACUGGACUGUAGAAGAAGUGAUUGAGUUUAUGAGACAAAUAGAUCCUCAGACAUCAGCCCCCCUCGCGGAUCUCUUCAGGCAGCAUGAAAUUGAUGGAAAGGCUCUGCUGCUACUGAAAAGUGAUGUGAUAAUGAAAUAUAUGGGGCUGAAACUGGGACCAGCAUUAAAACUAUGCUACUACAUUGAAAAACUUAAAGAAGGAAAAUACCAUGGAAAAAUAUGCUAG